AUGUCCCUCCUUCCUGCCGUCCCACCUGAGGGAACGGCAGAGUAUCCAACGCAGCGCGGCGACCUGGGCUGCCUCGCUCUCCGCAAGGUAAAGAAGGCAAGGGAAAGAAGGCAAGGGAAAGAAGGCAAGGGAAAGAAGGCAAGGGAAAGAAGGCAAGGGAAAGAAGGCAAGGGAAAGAAGGCAAGGGAAAGAAGGCAAGGGAAAGAAGGCAAGGGAAAGAAGGCAAGGGAAAGAAGGCAAGGGAAAGAAGGCAAGGGAAAGAAGGCAAGGGAAAGAAGGCAAGGGAAAGAAGGCAAGGGAAAGAAGGCAAGGGAAAGAAGGCAAGGGAAAGAAGGCAAGGGAAAGAAGGCAAGGGAAAGAAGGCAAGGGAAAGAAGGCAAGGGAAAGAAGGCAAGGGAAAGAAGGCAAGGGAAAGAAGGCAAGGGAAAGAAGGCAAGGGAAAGAAGGCAAGGGAAAGAAGGCAAGGGAAAGAAGGCAAGGGAAAGAAGGCAAGGGAAAGAAGGCAAGGGAAAGAAGGCAAGGGAAAGAAGGCAAGGGAAAGAAGGCAAGGGAAAGAAGGCAAGGGAAAGAAGGCAAGGGAAAGAAGGCAAGGGAAAGAAGGCAAGGGAAAGAAGGCAAGGGAAAGAAGGCAAGGGAAAGAAGGCAAGGGAAAGAAGGCAAGGGAAAGAAGGCAAGGGAAAGAAGGCAAGGGAAAGAAGGCAAGGGAAAGAAGGCAAGGGAAAGAAGGCAAGGGAAAGAAGGCAAGGGAAAGAAGGCAAGGGAAAGAAGGCAAGGGAAAGAAGGCAAGGGAAAGAAGGCAAGGGAAAGAAGGCAAGGGAAAGAAGGCAAGGGAAAGAAGGCAAGGGAAAGAAGGCAAGGGAAAGAAGGCAAGGGAAAGAAGGCAAGGGAAAGAAGGCAAGGGAAAGAAGGCAAGGGAAAGAAGGCAAGGGAAAGAAGGCAAGGGAAAGAAGGCAAGGGAAAGAAGGCAAGGGAAAGAAGGCAAGGGAAAGAAGGCAAGGGAAAGAAGGCAAGGGAAAGAAGGCAAGGGAAAGAAGGCAAGGGAAAGAAGGCAAGGGAAAGAAGGCAAGGGAAAGAAGGCAAGGGAAAGAAGGCAAGGGAAAGAAGGCAAGGGAAAGAAGGCAAGGGAAAGAAGGCAAGGGAAAGAAGGCAAGGGAAAGAAGGCAAGGGAAAGAAGGCAAGGGAAAGAAGGCAAGGGAAAGAAGGCAAGGGAAAGAAGGCAAGGGAAAGAAGGCAAGGGAAAGAAGGCAAGGGAAAGAAGGCAAGGGAAAGAAGGCAAGGGAAAGAAGGCAAGGGAAAGAAGGCAAGGGAAAGAAGGCAAGGGAAAGAAGGCAAGGGAAAGAAGGCAAGGGAAAGAAGGCAAGGGAAAGAAGGCAAGGGAAAGAAGGCAAGGGAAAGAAGGCAAGGGAAAGAAGGCAAGGGAAAGAAGGCAAGGGAAAGAAGGCAAGGGAAAGAAGGCAAGGGAAAGAAGGCAAGGGAAAGAAGGCAAGGGAAAGAAGGCAAGGGAAAGAAGGCAAGGGAAAGAAGGCAAGGGAAAGAAGGCAAGGGAAAGAAGGCAAGGGAAAGAAGGCAAGGGAAAGAAGGCAAGGGAAAGAAGGCAAGGGAAAGAAGGCAAGGGAAAGAAGGCAAGGGAAAGAAGGCAAGGGAAAGAAGGCAAGGGAAAGAAGGCAAGGGAAAGAAGGCAAGGGAAAGAAGGCAAGGGAAAGAAGGCAAGGGAAAGAAGGCAAGGGAAAGAAGGCAAGGGAAAGAAGGCAAGGGAAAGAAGGCAAGGGAAAGAAGGCAAGGGAAAGAAGGCAAGGGAAAGAAGGCAAGGGAAAGAAGGCAAGGGAAAGAAGGCAAGGGAAAGAAGGCAAGGGAAAGAAGGCAAGGGAAAGAAGGCAAGGGAAAGAAGGCAAGGGAAAGAAGGCAAGGGAAAGAAGGCAAGGGAAAGAAGGCAAGGGAAAGAAGGCAAGGGAAAGAAGGCAAGGGAAAGAAGGCAAGGGAAAGAAGGCAAGGGAAAGAAGGCAAGGGAAAGAAGGCAAGGGAAAGAAGGCAAGGGAAAGAAGGCAAGGGAAAGAAGGCAAGGGAAAGAAGGCAAGGGAAAGAAGGCAAGGGAAAGAAGGCAAGGGAAAGAAGGCAAGGGAAAGAAGGCAAGGGAAAGAAGGCAAGGGAAAGAAGGCAAGGGAAAGAAGGCAAGGGAAAGAAGGCAAGGGAAAGAAGGCAAGGGAAAGAAGGCAAGGGAAAGAAGGCAAGGGAAAGAAGGCAAGGGAAAGAAGGCAAGGGAAAGAAGGCAAGGGAAAGAAGGCAAGGGAAAGAAGGCAAGGGAAAGAAGGCAAGGGAAAGAAGGCAAGGGAAAGAAGGCAAGGGAAAGAAGGCAAGGGAAAGAAGGCAAGGGAAAGAAGGCAAGGGAAAGAAGGCAAGGGAAAGAAGGCAAGGGAAAGAAGGCAAGGGAAAGAAGGCAAGGGAAAGAAGGCAAGGGAAAGAAGGCAAGGGAAAGAAGGCAAGGGAAAGAAGGCAAGGGAAAGAAGGCAAGGGAAAGAAGGCAAGGGAAAGAAGGCAAGGGAAAGAAGGCAAGGGAAAGAAGGCAAGGGAAAGAAGGCAAGGGAAAGAAGGCAAGGGAAAGAAGGCAAGGGAAAGAAGGCAAGGGAAAGAAGGCAAGGGAAAGAAGGCAAGGGAAAGAAGGCAAGGGAAAGAAGGCAAGGGAAAGAAGGCAAGGGAAAGAAGGCAAGGGAAAGAAGGCAAGGGAAAGAAGGCAAGGGAAAGAAGGCAAGGGAAAGAAGGCAAGGGAAAGAAGGCAAGGGAAAGAAGGCAAGGGAAAGAAGGCAAGGGAAAGAAGGCAAGGGAAAGAAGGCAAGGGAAAGAAGGCAAGGGAAAGAAGGCAAGGGAAAGAAGGCAAGGGAAAGAAGGCAAGGGAAAGAAGGCAAGGGAAAGAAGGCAAGGGAAAGAAGGCAAGGGAAAGAAGGCAAGGGAAAGAAGGCAAGGGAAAGAAGGCAAGGGAAAGAAGGCAAGGGAAAGAAGGCAAGGGAAAGAAGGCAAGGGAAAGAAGGCAAGGGAAAGAAGGCAAGGGAAAGAAGGCAAGGGAAAGAAGGCAAGGGAAAGAAGGCAAGGGAAAGAAGGCAAGGGAAAGAAGGCAAGGGAAAGAAGGCAAGGGAAAGAAGGCAAGGGAAAGAGUAA